CGCAUCGGUAAACACGAUACUCAUCUCCUAGGAGGAGGGCGGUGGGAAUACAGGGAUCGAGCCAAGUUUCAGUGAGUACCAAUACAUCGUAUUCCGUCUCAAGAACCGACAAACGGAACUCAUCGGCUUUAGAACGCAGGCCACGCACAUUCUGAUAGUACACAGUGAUACAAGCCGCUCGAUCAGUGGGUGCUUGUUGCAUAGUGUUAGUAGGCGCUGUGGUGUUGCAAUUGAGCGAGCUUAUCGUAGAAGGUGAGUGUAUUGUGUUUGUUGUCGAAGGAUUUGCUCGAGCCGUAUGCGCAAAAUAUGGGUGCGCUGCUGUAGUGCGGUUACUUCGGAAAAAAUUGAACCAGUGUAGUUUGAAGUGUUUUUGAACGUGACGUGGACGGAAGAGUGGGUGAAGGGAGAGUGCAGUUCAUAUCGGUUGGUGAUUGUUCGGUUUGUGUUCGUGCGGGUUCAUGGAUAUGUGCAGUGCAUCUGGGAGCAAUUGAUUGCUAUGUUGCAAGGAUGCCGAAUGGGCCGUGGCGAUUCCGGCAAAGCCAUCCCGAAUCUCCUGUAUUACCGGUGGGACCAAGCUAGCCUUCAUGGCAUCAACAGCAGCUGUGAGGGCUGCCUGAAACCCAACCUGCAUACCCAUGCCCUUGAUCGCCUUGCUACGCGGAUUCCCGAUGGCGUUAGUACACCCAAUGCAACUCCAGUGCAGGGAAGCCAUUCGUUUCACUUCGUCGAUGACCGAUAUAGGCACCUUAGUGCACGCCAGAUGAUGCCGCUGCAGAUGAACGUCGAAGGGGCCACAAAUAAAAGCCAAAUAUAUCGCGAACACGGUGGUUUUCGUCAGGAACACGAUGGCAGGGUCACGAGACUACACUCAUGGACACACUAAAACUUGUGUUGAUUAUAGCAAAACCAGAUUACACCAAUAAAAUAGCGGAUAAAUGCAGAGCGAUAGCAGUAGACACGCUAU